GGGUCAAAUUGACCCGUAACAUGGGUUACAACAGGGUUAAAGCUCUUGGCCAGUUUUAGAGUGGGCUUUAUUUCUGAAUGUACAUCUUGUCUAGACACGGGUCUUUGCAGCUGCUAUUUUGGGUUGGUCCCUGCUGCACUUUCACAGUCACAGAUUUUCCAUGUUACUAAUGCUGAGAAAGAGGAAGUGAGAAGGAGGUGCUGAAAGCCCCAUGAAGCGCUACACGGUCCACAGCCUGUGAGAAGGGGAAGUGGAAGCAUCAGUAAAGUUCUUUAAAAACAACUCAACAAGGCCAAGCGGAUUAUUCUCCCAAACAGCUUUGAUCAGAGGUAUUACAGAAUGGCUCAAGGCUGCCUCAAAUGUUUAAAGAUCACAAUGUGUGCCGCCAACCUCCUUUGCUUUAUGUGUGGUGUGGCCGUGCUGAGUCUUGGUGUGUACCUGAUGGUGAACUUCAGGAUGGCUGCACUCACCCCAAACUUGGCCAGUUUCAACACGUCCAACAUGCUGCUGAUCAGUGGCAUCAUCAUCACUUGUGUGUCUUUCCUGGGGUUCCUCGGUGCUCUGAAGGAGAACCGUUGCCUCCUCUUGACGUUUUUCCUGCUGCUAUUCCUCCUGAUGCUGGUGGAGUUGACUGCAGCAUGCUUGCUACUCAUGUACGAGGGAGAGAUCUCUAAUCUGGUGAAAGAAGAUCUCAUUAAGGGUUUGGAAAAGGCAAAAGGAAAGACAGGAAAUACGACAGAUGUGAUAAGUGAGUGGGAUCUGGUUCAGAACCAGUUUGAUUGCUGUGGAGUCGUCAACGCGUCAGACUGGGGGGCGGCGGUGCCUCGGUCUUGCUGCUUGAACGAUUGCAGCGGAACGCCCAUCUACAAGCCAAAGGGCUGUCUGCAAACGUUGAAGAACUUGUUUGAAGAUAAUUUCCUAACCACUGGGAUUUCUGUCAUUGUCUUCUGCAUCAUCGAGGUCUUGGGAAUGUGUUUUGCCAUGACGCUCUUCUGCCACAUCAGUAGGUCUGGACUGGGCUACAAGUUAUAGACGAUAUUUUCUCAAACAAUAUCACCUUUUGUCACAUUUUAGAUGUUAAUUCUGUACAUUUCUAUCAUUCCAGAAGGCUAGAAAAUGAAUGAAAUGUUGCUGAAAAAUGCUUAUUUAAAAUUAGAAAAUCAUUUUGAGUAUGUAUGCCAAAGUUUUUCACUCAUGAGAAACCUAAAAGUUUCAGACAUCUCUGGUAUAUGGUGACGUGAGAAAUGAAGCGACGCAAAAUCCAUUUUUCCAGCCUACAUGUCUUGUGUAUAUGACUUGCUUGUUGCAAGUUUCUUUCAACUUAUCUACACUGCAGAUUUUUUUUUUUCCUUUGAAGGAAACUGUUAGGAAAAGCAGCUGUCCUUGCAAACUGUAACAUAUCCACUGUAACUGCACUGUAACUUCCACAACUUUUGACACCCUUUUAGAAAACCUGUAAUAAACCAAUGAAGUGUUGUUUACUGUAUUAAGACUGCACAAUAUCCUCCAUUUUGAGUAGCUUCAUGUUGCAGAUCAACAUUUCCUGAAGCGAGCACACAGUUCACAGACCUGAGUUGGAGCCAUAGCUGUAACCACUUCCUCUUCUGACCCUGCUUAACUACAAGUUGUUUCCCCUAAAAACAGCCUGACAGUUACACAUCUCACUGUUUGAGUUAGCCAUUAAUAUAAAUGUUUAAGACUUCCAACUUUUCAGGAUUCCUGUAAAUUCUGUCAAAAUUGACAAAUGUAAACAUUUCCUCUUCUCAAAAGGUGUACAUGAAAGGAGGCAGAAGACUGUAAAAGGCAUUUAAAAUUGCAAGUAAAACAGAUAAAUUUAUUUAUUUAAAGAAUAAAUCCUGCAUCAAUAUUUUAAGACAAACUAGAAAAAUACUAAGAUUUCCUUUACACUUUAAAAUAAUUUUGUUGUUUUUGAAACCAUCACACAAAAAUAGAAACAAUAGAAUAGAAACAAGAACAAUUUUUGUAAUCAAAAAAAAAAAAAAAAAGAUGUAACUGUACACAGCAGAAUAUACCAUUUAUUGCAAACUGAACACCCCUGACACCCCAGAAACUAUGAACACAAGUAUUGCAAUUCACCUAAAGAUAUGAAGGACCAAAAAAACCCAAAACAAAACAAAAAAAACCCUACCCUGUUACAGCGCUCUCGUCCUCCUCUGCUCUGACAAAAAAAACUGUUUUGUUUAAAGGGAAAGUUCACCCCAAAAUAAAAAAAAUUAUACAUAUUCUUCCUGUUACCUGUAGUGCCAUUUAUCCAUCUAGAUUGCUAGAUUAAUUUGGGGUGAGUCGCAGAUUUUUGGAUGUAAGGGAACUAGAUGGCAUUUCGCUACUUUUGAAAAUCCAACAGCUAUGUCUCUUUCCAGAAAUCAUGAACAGGUUACUGAAGAUAAUCCACAGACCCUGCUGUGAGCAGUUUCAUGUAGAAACUUCUUUCUGUAUCACUGUGCAGAAGGAAGCGUGCAUGUGCUGAUGACUACGCUAACUAGCCAGCUAAUGUCAAAGGUCAGCUAUGGACACCAUUAAUGUUUAACGUCUCCAGCACGAGCCUCUCGUCCAUGCAUGCUUCCUUCUGUGCAGUGAUAUGGAGUCGAUUUGUCGAAAGAAAACAGCUCCUACAUGAAACUGCUCACAACACGGUCUGCGGAUUGAGUAACAAAGCCGUGAUUUCUGGAAACUGCUGUUGAGUUUCAAAUGCAUUUUUGGCACUCUGAGUGCCACACGUGAAAUGCUGUCCGGUUCCGUUAUUUUCCAGAGAGUGCAGACAUCCUUACAGCCGAUACUGGCAAAAAUCUGUAACUCACACAAAAACAAUCUAGAUGGAUAAACAGCACUACAGCUAAAAGGGAAAAAAAAAAAGAUGUAUUUUUGAUUUGGGGUGAACUGACCCUUUAAGUCCCCACCCCCCCCUCAUCUGGUGCAGGCAGCACGGUGUCUUGUAUGUGUCAUGAAGCCAUUCAGGUUCAUUUUAACAGGGAUUUCCAGCAACUGUAGUACUUGUUACGACUUCCUUUAGAUACCUGAACAUUCUUGUUUUGGAGACACCACUCUAACACAAAAGAGAGUUAAAUUAGUUGAGUGAAAAUGCUAAAAAAUAUCCUGUCUGAACGUGAAGAUAAAAGUCCUCCACUACAGCAAGUCCCUCUGAGUAGAGAAUACGUUCAUGACACUGAUUCACAGGGAACAUGGUGUGACAUUAUUGCAAAGCACUCCUGAUCUUGCAUUAUCAAUAUAUAUAUUUU